UUUCGGAUAACAUGGAUCCCAAACGUUGGUGGGAGAAGCAGGAAGAUAUCGUAAUAUCAAAAGAUCAAAUUCCAAGAUGCGAUAAUAAAGAAGUCAAAAUGUUCGGUGGCAUGCUUCUUGCCUGCGAUGACGUGGUGACCGAAGAUCAACUCAGUUGGGCUCCAGGAUUUACAGAUCUACCAAAAAAACGGGGAAAGAAAAAAGAUUUGAACAAAUUCGACGCUGGUAUCCUUCCCGGUACUUCAAAACAAAAUAAUCCUAUGGAUCCACAAGUCCGACUACUUCUCGAAGCUUCUUGGGAGGCAAUGGUUGAUGCAGGCAUAAAUCCCAGAGGCCUUCGUGGAUCCCAAAUAGGAGAUUUUGAUGAAUGUGCAACUCCAGGAACAUCUGGAACGCAAAAACAAAAUCCCGUGACUGAAAUGGGGUGCAUAAUGUCGGAUACUGUGCCUUCUAUGUUCUCUAACCGUAUUUCAUACACAUUCGAUUUGCAAGGACCAUCUCAUUCGGCCGACAAGAUCAAUUUUUCAACAAAAAAAAGGAUGACAAAGCUUAGAAAUCGGAAUUCGAUCGUCUAGAAAAAUUUAAAUAAUUUCCUUUUAUUAAUUGAAAAAUAAAUGAAUUUGGAUGAAAAUAAAUUAUUUUAAAGUGUUAA